AUGGGUCGCCUUCUCCUAAACACAGUCCCACACAGCGCGCGGACUCUAUACUAUCUGCGCUACCGGGUCGCUGUUGUAUUCUUCAUACUUGCCCUAUUCCAGCAACAACAUCUGUACCUCACUAGUCGACAAGCACUCUCAGAAAAGUACUCUGCGACCGACUUCAGCUCUCACAACGAAGGAGACCUACAAGCUCGAUCUUGGCAACCCUAUGACGAAAGUUCGAAGUUGGAAGAAGAGCUAAUAGCAAACCGGGCGUCUUGGAAAGUGCUUGGCGAGGGCUGGGAGGGCAAGGUGUUCGCCUAUGGAGACUCGGUUAUCAAGACGUUCACACCAGGGCGGAGUCCAUUCCGAAAUUGCGCGCCAGAUGCGACCAAAUGGCCAACGGAAAUACCCGCAUCACUACAAUUUGGUGGUGCCGCUGCCGACGAAGCGAACGCGACGAAGAACGGCUUCCUUCCCGUGAGAGCACAUUUCAUGGCUUCUACAACGCCUGGCGAACCGGCCGAAUGGCACCUCGUCACUCCUCUGCUCAAAGGCGGCAAUCUUCGUUCACUUGCCAACAACCUGUCGUCGGAAGCAACGCCUAUGGCUUAUAGUCAGGUCGACGGACGCUAUCGGCCAGCCUUCAACCAAUUACUUGAGAACCUGGGAACUUUGCACCGUGCAGGAUACUGUCACGAUGAUAUCAAGCCGGCGAACAUCUUUGUUCAAGACGAGUCCCACUGGGCAAUCGGCGACUUGGGCAACAUACGAGAAGUAUCCCACCCCUACCACUCGUCGCGUAUCUGGAAAGACAACGACCAGCUAGGGGAUUGCCGCGCAAACGAUGUGCUACGAGCUUUGCAAACAUACCUGAAGUUUAUUCAGUCUUCUGUUGCCGAUGAAGACGACUUCAAUGCAGCCUUGUACGAAGGUCAGACACCCUUGAGCAGGCUCUUUUGGUGGACACUUGCCGAUGCACCACACAUGAGUGCCAAUGAACUUCGUCAACGUUCCAUUUCAGAACACCCUUUAGCGGAGACCAAGGUGGAUGACAGAGUCCCUGUACCUGCGCGACCUCAUCCUUUUCUGAGCCUGUUCUCCGAGCGCGAGGCGGUCAAGCGGGCCACUGACCAUGCACUUAUGACACGGAUGGACGAGAGAAGCGUACGACUUUGGGGCAUGGUGUGGUUGUUCGGCGUGCCCCAGCCGGAUCUUUGUUGA